UCGCGUGCAGUACCAGCAUGGCGCUGUCGCGCGCGGAGCGCUGCCUCGCGCUGCUGCUGCGGCUGCUGUCGCGCGCCUGUCUCGCGCUGCUUGCGCUGCUGCCGCCGCCGCGCGCCGGGCCCGCGGGUGCCGCUCCGCGUGCCGUCCCUCCGCCGCGGCGCGCGCUCCUGCUGCUGUCCGCGCGACGCCUCGCGGCGCUGCUCCGCGCGCGGCAGGUGACCUGCAUCGAGGUGGUGGAGGCGUACGUGGAGAGGAUUAAGGAGGUGAAUCCCCUCAUCAACGCUGUGGUUAAGGACAGGUUUGAGGAGGCACUGCAAGAAGCCCGGCAGGUCGAUAAGCUGCUUUCGGAGGGCCCUGGUGAUGACUACCUGGAGGAAAAGUUCCCCUUGUUGGGAGUUCCCAUCACUGUCAAGGAGGCAUUUUCUCUCUACGGAAUGCCCAACACCUCUGGCUUGGUCAAUCGCCGCAACGUGAUCGCCACUUCGGAUGCCACAGUGGUGUCACGGCUGAAGCAGGCAGGUGCCAUCCCACUGGGUGUCACCAACUGCAGCGAGCUCUGCAUGUGGUACGAGUCCAGCAACAGGAUCUACGGGCGGACCAACAACCCCUACGACCUGCAGAGGAUUGUAGGCGGCAGCUCAGGUGGGGAGGGCAGUGUCCUGGCAGCUGCCUGUUCAGUCAUAGGUGUGGGCUCUGACAUUGGCGGCAGCAUCCGGAUGCCUGCCUUCUUCAAUGGAGUCUUUGGCCAUAAACCCACAACAGGGGUGGUGCCCAACGACGGCCAGUUUCCAAACGCUCACGGAGUGCGCACCAGCUACCUGUGCACGGGGCCCAUGUGCCGCUACGCGGAGGACCUGGAGCCUGUGUUGAGAAUCAUGGCUGGUUCCGGGGUCAGCAAGCUGAAACUGAAUGAGAAAGUGUCACUGGAGAAAAUCAAAUUCCACUGCAUGGAUCAUGAUGGCGGGUCUGUUUUUGUGUCACCUGUGGACAAGGAGAUCUUGCAAGCCCAAAAGAAGGUGGUGGAGCACCUUGAAAGUGACCUCGGGGUCCGAGUUCAGCGUGUGGCACUCCACAAGAUGAAGUAUUCUUUCCAGAUCUGGUCAGCCAUGAUGUCAUCCAAGGACAGCGAAGGGCAGGAGGCACAAAGAUUCUCAGACCUGCUGGGGGACCACGGGAAGCCAGUGUGGCCGCUGUGGGAGCUGAUGAAGUGGCUCGUGGGGAUGUCUUCUCACACUCUCCCAGCUAUCGCCCUGGGGCUGACAGAGAAGCUGGUGAACCUCAACCUCAGUGGGAAGGCCAAGCUGGUGAGCAUGGGGAAGAGCCUACAGGAGGAGAUGGAGGCACUGCUGGGGCCUGACGGGGUGCUCCUCUACCCUUCGCACCCCACCAUCGCUCCCAAGCACCACUCCCCUAUCUGCAUGCCCUUUAACUUUGCCUACACAGCCAUCUUCAAUGUCCUGGGCCUGCCUGUGACACAGUGCCCGCUGGGUCUGGGCAGUGAGGGACUGCCACUGGGUAUCCAGCUGGUAGCAGCUGCCUACAAUGACCACUUGACACUGGCAGUGGCCCGGUACCUGGAGAAGGCCUUCGGAGGAUGGGUGUUACCCGGGAAAGUUUAGCCUUAGGAGGCACAGACAGAGGCGGUGGCAGGCGCUGAUGCUUGAUCCCAUCAUGGUACUGCCUGCUCCCUCGACGUCCUCCUGUGCCCUCCUGGGAGUGGCUGGUGGGGACAGCCAGGCUGUUGCCACUGGAGUCCUCAUCCCUGUGGCACCUUUUUUCAGGGAGAGACCUGCCCUUCCCGAACCCCUUAGGCACCCCAGUGCCACAGUCUGAGGAUAUCCUGCCUGCGUCCUGCCUGCAGUGGACACACAGCUUUUCCAGACCAUGGAGAUGGACAGCUCUGUAACCCUUCUGCUUUCAAAACACUGAGAGUUGGGCAGAGCACAUGCUUCCAGAAUGCAGGAGGCAGCUGUGCAGCACCUCUCAGGGCCGCCUGAGCACAUGGGGGUCUCCUUGGCCUGACCCUACCCCCCGGGCUGGACUGUGCCUGCUGCACCCAGGCCUGCCGGCCCCUACAGGGUUCUGCUCCUGCUCCUGCAGGGUUGCCCCCACCCUCUGACCAAAAAAAGGAAGAGGGGUUGAGGGGUCUGAUGUAGGCCUGAGUCACCAGCAGUGCUUUGUGCGGUGGUGGGUGCUGGUCUCUGCCAUGUAUGCAGCUGUCAGGAGAAACUGCUGUUGCUCUGAGAGCAUUUGUAGCAGUGACUAAAGCAUCCACUGUCUUCCCCUUCUCUCUGGGGGGAUCAUCGUGCCUGACUGGCAUCCCCUGCCACCUGUCCUGCUGAGCUGCCUGGUCUCUUCCCCAGGAGUGGAUGUGGGCAGCAAGCACAAGAUGUUCUUAUUGAGGGAAAUAUUAAAGAGCCUAUCCAGUC